AUGGCGUCCACCACCAACCAGCCAUCGAAGAUUACCCGGCAAGGCUCGUUGCUGGGGACCAUCAAGAAUAUCGUAGCCGCCCCUUUAACUUGGCUGGCCGGCUCAGAACACGACGACAGCUCGGACUCCACAGGCAAGCGCAGGCGGCUUGAACCCGUCUCAGAGUCCGGCACUACAGACGAUGGCGAUAAUGCGACACGUACGAAGCGCAUGAGGCUCAACAGUCCGCCCAAGACGGUCGCACCAACGGCAUAUAAUGAUCCCCCUUCGUCUGCUUUCGUCCCCCUUCGUGUGAAGCGCAGAACCCCUGCACCACCACUCGCUCGUUCUUCCUCGACUUCAGCAAAUAUCUUAGAGCCACCCCGUAAUUCCAGGCGCAAUGUUUCGCGAUCGACACUGUCGCCUCCUCGCAUUGGUCGCACCAUGUCGAUGGACCCGCCUUUGAGCCAGCUUUAUAUCUCCAGAGAUGCCUCUAUCCCUGACGUGGUCAUGGAAUCCGGCCAAGCAUCCAACACUCGUGAGCUCUCUGUCCCCGCAGGAUCGCUUACUGCACGUCCGUCCUUCCGCAUGCGAACCUCCCUCACCCCCCAACCGCAACCCCGUGAGCUGUCUGAGCCCCCGCCAAUAAGCACUCUCUCUUUGAAUCCUACCUUUGUCCGCCCGCCUCGCCCGAUUCAGGAGGAACCGAAACCAUCGACGACGCUUGGAACAUUGGUCGAAUCAGUGAGAUCUGCGCGAUCUCCUGGCAGGCAACAUAGCUCACUCCUCUUUGGGAACACUGUUCAGCCAGACGCUAAUCAUCAGCCAGCUCCGGCUCCUCAAGCUCCGGCAGAGAAGGCACUGUAUGAAUUAGAUGUCUACAAAACGCCUCUUAUUCCUACUCGUCUCCGCUCAGCCAACAACCCGAUCGCCUCCAGCUCCUCGGAUAUCCCAUCGAUGUUCAAGUCUCGACGCACUUCUCAGCUCGUUCUCAUGCAUGACGAUCGUCGAUCUGAAAAAUCUGGCAAGAAGAAGCGGGUCAAGUCCCCUCAUCGUAAUGAUGCUAAACCUUACGCUGGCUCUGGUGGGAUGAAGAAAUUACUGGCUAAGAGGAAGAAAGAGGAAGACGACGCAGACGUCCGAGAAAGGGAAGCUGGGACCAAGGAUGAGGAUAUGGAGAAGGAGUCGAAGCCGGAAGUCGCACCGCAGCCGGCGCAGACCUCCAACGCACCGACCGAUUGGUUCGCUGCAGCCACUGCCGGCACCUCUUUGCCAUCGUCAUCUCUUCGUGUUGGUCGUACUAAGACUUCGCGGAACCACAUUCCUCGCCCAGCUGCCCGGAGCCGCCUCAAGUUCUCCGCUGUUUACGAAGAGGAGGAUGAUUCUAUGGAUCCGGAAGAGGAAGCCAGGAGAAAGGAGCGUGCUGCCCUCGAAGAAGCAGCCAAUAAGAUGCCCGUCUUCAACAUCCCUGCCGGGUUCACUUUUGCGAAGCCUGAUACUAAGCCUCUUGAGCAAGACUUGACCAAUGCCAAGGAACCUCCGAUUAGUUCUCUGCCUUUCUCCUUUGCCAAGCCUGCCCCAGUCCCCGAACCCUCCAAAGCAGAGAGUUCACAAUCUCGCAAGGAGAAUGCCGAGGGUUCGACACUCUCCUCAGAACGACCGGCGGAACCGUCAACGGUGCCUUCAUUUGCACCUCGUUCCUUGGCUGAUGCCCCACCUCUGGGAUCCAGUGAACCGACCAAAGAACCACCGACAACACCCGCCGGAGUGCCCAAUUUCUUUGCAAAAUCUGCCCUCUUGUCUAAGCCACUCGAGGUUCCCUCGACGCCUCCUCUCACCUUUGGUACACCCUCUUCAAGUUCCACGUCUGUCUUUAAUGUUGCACAAUCUUCAAGUCAGGCUCCAGGUCCGGUGAAAGACAAAGAAAACCCCUUCUGGGAAGGCGACAGCAAGAAGGAGAGCGCAGCUCCUGAAAUCCAGGUCACACCGCCGACUACCUCAGGUUUCUCGUUCGGGGCACCUGCUACCACUCAACCAGCAGCGGCGACAGCGUUCUCCUUUGCGAAACCUGAAGCUACCGCUACUACCGGAGGAUUUUCCUUCGGCAAGCAAACGGAGACCGCGGCAGCCGCGCCAACCACGGCCGAGACCCCGUCUGCCCCGGCAGUAGAGCCAUCCAAACCGCUUUUCGGCACGCAGCCUCCGGCACCAACGACACAGCAAUCACAGCCGCCAUCCAGUGAGGCGAAGCCAGAAUCUUCUUCAGUACCCAACUUCUUUGGUUCUACUGCCUCCAAGCCGUUCGACGGUUUCAAGUCACAGGAGCCGGCUGCGCCACCGGCAUCGACGUCGUUCUCUUUUGGCUCCUCUGCAGCAUCGUCUACAACAGCCUCGUCCACUUCCGCUGAGCCGGCCAAGCCGUUAUUUGGGACUUCUGCGGCUGACCCUCCUAAGCCUCUGUUUGGCGCGACCUCCACCGAACCGCCUAAGCCACUGUUCGGUGCCACCGCGCCCGCUGAACCGCCCAAGUCCUUGUUUGGGGGUGCACCCGCCGAAGCUCCCAAACCUUUGUUCGGAAGCGGCGCUCUCGAGGCACCCAAACCGACCCUCCCAUCAUCGAGCUCGAGUCCGUUCUCAUUUGGUGCGCCUGCGAAGGAUACAGCGCCAAAGGCUUCUCCCUUCACCUUUGGGGCUGCUCCCAGCACCCCGCCCACCCAUCCGACUACCAAUGGGUUCUCAUUCAAAACCGAUGCACCAGCAGCGUCGCCUUCGCCGGUUCCGUUUACGUUUGGUUCUUCAGCUCCCAGCCCAGCCCCAGCUGCGGACAAGCCAUUCACAUUCGGCGCACCUGCGGCUGCACCGCCCAUCCAGCGUCCUACAACGCCAAAGAAUAACGAACAAGAGUUCAGGAUGGAAGAGAGUCCCACGCGUGAAAUGCAAGCUAACGGAGCUUCCAAGCCAACAUUGAGCUUCUCAUUUGGUCAGUCAGCCAACGGAUCAUCUACUCUGUUUGGUGGCUCCACGUCUGGAGCACCUUCUCCCGCCCCAACGUCGGCUACACCAUUCUCUUUUGGCGCUACAACCGCCUCGAAUCCCUUCGCAUCCUCUGCGAAACCAGAGGAGCCCAAACCAUUCUCGUUUGGAACACCUGCCAGUACCCCAACGACCACCGCUUCUCCCUUCAGUUUUGGGCCGUCCAAAUCUACGGGUGGUGAGCCCGCGCGACCCAACACGACAGGGUCUUUCAGUUUUGGAGCAACGAGCACUCCCACUUCGACAGCUGCGCCCUUCUCCUUUGGAACCGGUGCUGCAGCCGCUCCGAAUCCUUUUGCACCAUCUCAACCGACCUCCGCCCCGAGCAGUCCUUCGACCUUCAACCAACCCUCUCCAUUCUCCUUUGCGGCACCUCUCCCUGCGACAUCCUCUUCUACACCAUUCACCUUUGGCUCGCAGCCUGCUUCCCCUGCCGGGUCUAACAGUGGAUUGCCUGCAACUGGUGGGUUCGGGACAGCCACGAACGGAGCCUUUGGGGCUACCGCGGCACCCUCGUCUCCUUUCAACCCUCCCGCUCAAUUGGCACCCUCGACAUCGUCCGGUGGCACACUGUUCACCAUUGGAGCUGCACCUGCUCCUGCCGCUGGUCGUCAGAUCAAAAAGCUGCCUACCCGAAGGGCUGGAGCCAAGCGUUAA